GGCGGCCAGCUCGGACAUUCAUUGCCUGAGCAUCCUCGGUGCAAGUGCUUUUUGCAGGAGUACGCUAGUCCGUGCCGAAACACCAACAAUCACCAUGAACGCCGCGUUCAUCGCCCUUCUGCUGUGCGCCUGUGUCGCCGUCGCCAUGGCCGGCGGCUUUGGUGGCUACGGGGGCGGCUUCGGCGGAUACGGCGGAUACGGUGGCGGCUUCGGCGGCUUCGGCGGCCUCGACGGUGGCCACGGCUACGUCAAGACCGUGCCGGGCCCCUCGUUCCUCGUGAAGACCGUGCACCACGUCAACAAGCUCAAUCGCGGAGCGCACCUAGUCGGCGGACAGUACGGGCACGGCGGAUACGGAGGCGGCUACGGAGGAGGAUUCGGCUUCGGAGGCUUCAAGCACUGAGCGCGGG